CCUGCAGCCUCACAGCCAUGGCGGCGCCGAGCAGGAAGCAGGUGUUGAGGUUCCUCGGCCAGUUGGGGGCUUUUAUCUUGACCCGCUUCGGGUUUUGGAACUGCUUCUGUAUGCUGAUGCUGUUCGCGGAACGCGCCGGCUCCAAAAGGAAGCCAGACAUCCCCAUCCCCUACCUGUACGUGGACAUGGCGGCGGCGGUGCUGUGCGCCAGCUUCAUGUCGUUUGGCGUGAAGAGGAGGUGGUUCGCGAUGGCCGCGGCCGUGGAGGUGGCCAUCAGCACAUAUGCGUCCUACGUCGGCGAGCAGGUGCACUACGGCGAGUGGCUGAAGGUGCGCAUGUAUUCCAAAGCACUCGCCAUCACUGGCAGCUUCCUGGUUUUGGCCAGCGGGGCGGGCGAAGUGUACAGGCAGAAAGCACGCAACAGGUCCCUACAGUCCACAGGACAGAUCUUCCUGGGGAUCUACCUCAUCUGCAUGGUGUACUCCCUGCAGCACAGCAAAGAGGACAGGCAGGUCUACUUGAACCAUAUUUUUGGGGGAGAGGUGGCCCUGGCGCUGCUGGAGGUGACGCUCGGCGUGCUGGCGCUGGCCUUCCUGUCGGGCUGGUACGUGCAGCCGGCGGCCCAGGUCCUGGCCACAGCGCUGCCGCUCAUCAUCCUGCUCACGGACGGCAACCUGGGCUACUGGCACCACACGCGCAAGGUGGAGUUCUGGAACCAGAUGAAGCUCAUCGGGCACAACGUGGGCGUCUUCGGCGCCGUGCUGAUCCUGGCUACCGACGGCUGACCGAAAACGGCGGACACGUGACCGCAGGACAAAGAACGUUUCUACGCUCACUUCAAGUGCCACGUGAUUUAGAGAAAGGAAACGAGCGCCUGUUUGGUAUCGGAACACGAUGCUUUUCGUGGAAUUUGACAAGCUUUCAAUGUAAAUAUUUUCCUUUUGAUACGUUAUUUUGUCAUUGACUGAACUGAUGUGGCAGUGAUGCUUCUGUAAUUGCAGAGUGGAAGUAAACAUGCACUCAUUGUUAAUUUGAAAUACAACAUGAACAAUAUCCUUCUGUACAGUGGGACCUCUUAAGUUCAACACGUAAGGUUGAACAAUUUUGGGAGUUGGAUUACUCCAGGGGAAAAAUGUCAUACAUUUAUUUAUCUGCAAACAAAAACCACAUCUAGAUUGCAGCCUGCACAGGUUAAAGGAAAAGUGCACUUUUUUUUGGAAUUGUGCCCAUCAUCCACAAUCCGUAUGAGACAUGCACACACAUCUUCCUCUUUUCUGUGAGUUCUAAAGAUAUAAAAACAGGUAAACGAGGCAGGUAAUUAAUGCACGUAAUGCGACACACUUAUUCCAACUAGAAAGCCGGCUAUUAAAACCUCCAAAAAAUCUCAAAAGCUCCAACAAGGUUUUAUGGUUUUCUAUCCAUGCUGUGAACAUGUAGUAGCAGGUACAUUCAUGAUAACAUGGAGUACUUACACUACUUUGCUCAUUUUAAGCAUUAGUGGAACUUCCUUCCUGGGUGCAUUGGUUUCACAUAGCGACAUAGAAAGGAACGCGACACCUAGCGUAAAAACAAAAACAGUAGCAGUGGAGGCAGCUCCAAAAUGUAGAGUUACCUUUCGCAUAGUGACCUUUGGUCACUAAGCCAGUAACGUAGUUCUUGGGUGCAACAAUGUUAACAAGCUUGGUUAAUAUGCAGGUCACAGUAUGUAAAGGGAGCAUUGUUGGCGCUUUUUCCAGAAGGCAUUAUAGGUGUGUCCCAUUAUGUGCAUUCUUAGCUGCCUCUUUUUUAAAAAAUCUGUUUCUAUAUCUUUAGAACGCACAUAGAGAGGUGGGCAAAAUAAUGAAGAGUGGUCUGGCCUGUUUUUCGGGGUGUCUUUUCAAAAAAUGCUUGAAAUUUACAGUCAGAAUUUUUGUUACUUUUAUUUUAGAAAAUGUCCUUUAAAGUGUGGCAUUUCAAGUCACAUUUUGUUUAAAAUACAGAAAAUACAGACAGUAGAACAUGGAUACGGCAAAAAAACAAAACAAAAAAAAAAAACAGAAAAUAAAGCUAACAAGCCUUUCUGACUGCGCUAGUUUUCUCUUUUUGAAAUGGAACUGAAGGCGAAGAGGAAGGAAGGAUUGAGGGGGGAAGGAAGGAGGAGAAGAAGA